UUCCGUGACAUCACCGCUGAUCAACAAUAAAUCUCGUAAAUCAAUGAACCCAUCCUUCCACGUGUUGAUGGCGUUUCUCUAGAACCCACACCAGAUAACUACCUCAGGCGCCAACACCACACCAAUUCUGUCUUGCAUCACUUCUUCCCUCACCUUGAUCGAAAUUUCCAUUCACAAUCUUCUCUUCUUUCCAACCCUUUAGUCUUCAACUCUCCAAUUAACAACACAAACAGGGUUUUACUCACACAAUUUCCUUAAAACCUAACUAAUUUCUCAAUCCUAAUAUUUUUCUAGGGUUUCACAACCAUGGGUGAGUGGCAUGAUUGGCAAUCUCUUCUUCAAUCCAUUUUCCUCGGUCUCAUUUUCUCUUACUUCCUCGCUAAGCUCAUAUCCAUCGUCGUUUCAUUCAACAACGAAAACCUAACAAUCACCCGCAACACCAACCCUACCACCACCGCUGAUGAUGCUUCCAAACACGACGACAUCGUUUCCGAUACGGGACACCGUAUCGAAGCUGAACGUGAGUCGGUUAUGGCCGAACAAGGUAGCGUCAGAAACGAAAGCGUUGACGGUGGCGAUGAUGACUAUGAUGAUGACGAUUGGGAAGGUGUCGAGAGUACUGAAUUGGAUGAAGCUUUCAGCGCCGCUACUGCUUUUGUUGCCGCCGCCGCUGCCGAUCGGUUAUCUCAGAAGGUUUCUAAUGAUAUUCAGCUUCAGCUUUAUGGACUGUAUAAAAUUGCAACCGAAGGUCCGUGUAGCACGCCUCAGCCUUCUCCCCUCAAAAUGACGGCUCGUUCCAAAUGGCAAGCGUGGCAGAAAUUGGGUGCUAUGCCACCUGAAGAUGCAAUGCAGAAGUACAUUGACAUUGUGUCCGAGCUAUAUCCUACUUGGCUUGAUGGUGCACCUUUGAGAAGCAGAACUGGCGAUAGUGGGGGCCCUAGUUCAGACGCUCGGGGACCAAUGGGACCAGUAUUCAGCUCUUUUGUUUAUGAAGAAGAAUGCAGCACUGACUCGAAAAUGGAUGCCAUUCACGGAUUUGCUAGAGAGGGAGAUGUGACUAACCUACUCAAGUGUGUUGAAAAUGGCGUUUCAGUGAAUUUGAAGGACAGUGAAGGCCGGACACCAUUACACUGGGCUGUGGAUCGUGGCCACCUUGACGUGACAGAGCUACUGCUCGGUAGGAAUGCCGAUGUAAAUGCCAAGGAUAAUGAUGGACAAACUCCACUGCACUAUGCAGUAACAUGCGAGAGAGAAGCCAUAGCUGAAUAUUUAGUGAAACAUAGCGCAGACAUCAAUUCAAAAGACAACGAUGGCAGUUCUUCGCGUGACAUCUGUAGUUCCAAGUGGCCGUUUAUGCAGCAUGAGGGAGAAGCAAAAUGAUUGUUUGCUUUGUAUGUUACUUACUGCUUUUGACUAGUACAUCCUUGCCCAAAUCCAUUCAGGAUGUAUGUGUCCAUAUAACUCAAUUUUUUUUGCCCUUACUCUUGGUGUGUACACCCUUUUCACCGUAGUUUACGCCUAUGCCAUCGCUUAGGUAAUGGUUAAAUGAAGUAUAUUAUGUUUUGCACUU